GGGGGCGGUCGGCUUUCUCCUUUCAAGAACGAGUUAUUUUCAGCUGCUGACUGGAGACGGUGCACGUCUGGAUACGAGAGCAUUUCCACUAUGGGAUUGGAUACAAACACACACCCGGCAGACUUAAAGAGUCUCAGACUGAGGAGAAAGCCUUUCCUUCUGCUGCUACUGCUGCUGCCGCUGCUUUUGAGGGUCCACUCCUUUCAUGGUUUUUCCUGCCAAACCAGAGGCACCUUCGCUCCUGCCGCCGUUCUCUUUGGUGUCAUUCAGCGGCUGGCCAGAGGAUGAGACUCCCCAAACUCCUCACUUUCUUGCUUUGGCACCUGGCUUGGCUGGACCUGGAAUUCAUCUGCACUGUGUUGGGUGCCCCUGACUUGGGCCAGAGACCCCAGGGGGCCAGGCCAGGAUUGGCCAAAGCAGAAGCCAAGGAGAGGCCCCCUCUGGCCCGGAGCAUCUUUAGGCCAGGGGGUCACAGCUAUGGUGGGGGGGCCACCAAUGCCAGGGCAAAGGGGGGCACCGGGCAGACAGCAGGCCUGACACAGCCCAAGAAGGAUGAACCCAAAAAGCUGCCCCCCAGAUCGGGUGGCCCUGAACCCAAGCCAGGACACCCUUCCCAGACAAGGCAGGCUGCAACGCGGACUGUGACCCCAAAAGGACAGCUUCCUGGGGGUAAGUCACCCCCAAAGGCAGGAUCUGUCCCCAGCCCCUUCCUGCUGAAGAAGGCCAGGGAGACUGGGCCCCCUCAAGAGCCCAAGGAGCCGUUCCGCCCGCCCCCCAUCACACCCCACGAGUACAUGCUCUCGCUGUACAGGACGCUGUCCGAUGCUGACAGAAAGGGAGGCAACAGCAGCGUGAAGUUGGAGGCUGGCCUGGCCAACACCAUCACCAGCUUUAUUGACAAAGGGCAAGAUGACCGAGGUCCUGUGGUCAGAAAGCAGAGGUACGUGUUUGACAUUAGUGCCCUGGAGAAGGAUGGGCUGCUAGGGGCCGAGCUGCGGAUCUUGCGGAAGAAGCCCUCAGACGCGGCCAAGCCAGUGGCCCCCGGCAUCAGGCGGGCUGCCCAGCUGAAGCUGUCCAGCUGCCCCAGCGGCCGGCAGCCGGCAGCCUUGCUGGAUGUGCGCUCCGUGCCAGGCCUGGACGGAUCUGGCUGGGAGGUGUUCGACAUCUGGAAGCUCUUCCGAAACUUUAAGAACUCAGCCCAGCUGUGCCUGGAGCUGGAGGCCUGGGAACGGGGCCGGGCCAUGGACCUCCGUGGCCUGGGCUUCGACCGGGCUGCCAGGCAGGUCCACGAGAAGGCCCUGUUCCUGGUGUUUGGCCGCACCAAGAAACGGGACCUGUUCUUUAAUGAGAUUAAGGCCCGCUCCGGCCAGGAUGAUAAGACUGUGUAUGAGUACCUGUUCAGCCAGCGGCGAAAAAGGCGGGCCCCACUGGCCACGGGCCAGGGCAAACGGCCCAGCAAGAACCCCAAGGCCCGCUGCAGUCGGAAGGCACUGCAUGUCAACUUCAAGGACAUGGGCUGGGAUGACUGGAUCAUCGCGCCCCUUGAGUAUGAGGCCUUCCACUGUGAAGGGCUAUGUGAGUUCCCCUUGCGCUCCCAUCUGGAGCCCACGAACCAUGCAGUCAUCCAGACCCUGAUGAACUCCAUGGACCCUGAGUCCACGCCACCGACCUGCUGUGUGCCCACACGACUGAGUCCCAUCAGCAUCCUCUUCAUUGACUCUGCCAACAACGUGGUCUAUAAGCAGUAUGAGGACAUGGUUGUGGAGUCUUGUGGCUGCAGGUAG